UACAUUUAUGUUUUAAUUCAUUUGAGAUAAUUUUGUAUGAGGUGUGAGGCAGGGGUCCAACUUCAUUCUUCUGCACAUGGAAGAAUGAAGUUGUGCCAGCGGCACCUGUUGUGCCAGCAGCACCUGUUGAAGAGGCCAUUCAAUAUUCAAAUGGAAUAGUUUUGGCACCGUGUUGAAAAUUAUGUGACCACAGACACACGUGGUCUCCGGUCUAUGUCAGUGAUGUAUGUGUCUGUCCCAUGCCAGCACCAGGCUGUCUUGCUUACUGUGGCUGUGUGGUAAAAUCUGAAAUUAGGAAGUGUGGGCCUCCAAUUUUGUUCUUUUUCUAGAUUGUUUUGGCUAUUCUGGAUCCCCUGCAUUUCCAGAUGAAUCUCAGGAUGUGCUUGUCAAGUUUUGUUUUAAAAAAAAAAAAAGCAGCGGAAAUUCUCAUAAGGAUUAUGUUGAAUCUUCAGAUCCAUUUGGGGACUGUUUUCUUCUUAACAAUAGUACAUCUUCCAAUCUAUGAACAUAGGAUGCCUUCCCAUUUAUUUAGGUAUUCUUUAAUUUCUCUGAAUGAUGUCUUGCAGUUUUUAGUGUAUAAAUCUUGCACUUUUUGAUUUAAAAUUUCUCCAAGUAUUUUUCUUUUUGACAGCAUUAAAAAUGAAGUUGUUUUCUUGUCUCAUUUUCAGGUUGUUUGCUGCUACUGUAUAGAAAUUUAAUUGAUUUUUGUAUACCGAUCUUGUGCCCUGUAACCUUGCUCAACCUGUUUAUUAGUCUAGUAGUUUUGCUGUGGAUUCCUCAGAAUUUUCUACAUACAAGAGGAUAUCAUAUGCAAAUGCAACUUUACUUCUUCCUUUCAUCUGAGUCCUCCACUCUUUUUCCCUUGUCUAAUUGCUCUGGCAGAUCCUCCGGUACUACCGUGAAUAAAAAUGGUAGAAGGCAUCUUUGUCUUGUUCUUGAUCUUCAGGGGAAAACUUUUGUUCUUUAACCACAAAGUAUGAUGUUAGCUGUGAGUGUUUUAUAGAUGCCCUUUGGCAGGUUGAGGAAAAACCACCUUCUAGUCUUAGUUUGAUUUUUUUUUAUCAUAAAAGGGUGAUAAAUUAUGUCGAGUACUUUUUGUGCAUCAAUUGAGAUGAUCAUGUGGGUUUUUUCCCCAUUAUUCUGUUAAUGUGAUGCAUUCCACUGAUUGAUUUUCACGUCCUGAACCAUCUUUGCAUUUCAGGAAUCCAUCUCAUUUUUCCAGGGUACACAAUCCUUUCAGUACGCUGUUGAUUUCACUCUGCAAGUCUUCCGUUGAGGAUUUUUGCAUCCAUGCUCACAGUGGAUACUGGUCUGUGGUUUUCUUGUCAUGUCUUUGGUAUCGGGGUCAUGCUGACUGCAGAAUGAGUAGGAAGUGUUGUUCCCUCCUCGUCAAUAUUUUUGGGGAGGUUGGGAAAGAGUACUGUUAAUUCUUUUUAAAGAUGUUUGGUUAGAAUUCACCAAUGAAGCCAUCUGGUCCUGGGCUUUUUGUUGUUGUUCAGAAGUUUGUGAUUACUGAUUCAAUUUCCUUACUACUUUUAGGUCUAUUCCAAUGUUCUAUUUCUAUUUCUUCAUGAUUCAGUUUUGGUAGUUUGUGCCACUCUAGAGUCUGUCCAUCUCAUCUAGAUUAUCUAAUUUGUUGGCCACCUGCUGCCUGUUUCACACACAAGUCUCCAUUAUAGCUGGUUUCUUUAGCUAGUUCAGAAUAAAGCAGAAAUUACUCCCUGGAAAACUGUCUGGGGCAGAGGAAGGCGACUUCCAUAGAGAGGAUUUUAAAAAGCAAAACAAACAACCGUGGUGUAUGACAGAACUCUGGUGUGACUAUAGAGGAGCAAAGCUUCUUUCUUUCCUCAGGCUUUUGACUCUUUCACAAUCACAAUCCAAACUUCUGGAAAGAUGAUUUAAAAAAAACCAAACCCAUGGAGUUUUCAACCCAGCACAACCUCCUUGGUUCUAGUAUCCAAGCGUCUCGCACCCCGUUACGUUGCUGGCAAAAUACUCUUCUGAAAACAAAUUUUGACAUCUGUUCCACACUGAAAACCCUUCAAUGGCUCAGCACUGUCUGCUGCAAAAGUGCUGUUUAAAAGAAAACUACACAGAAUUGUGCUCCAAGAAGUCAAGUCAAAGGCUGCCGGCUACCUUCAGCGGCAUGGGGAUGCCUGCACUGCCCAUGCUUCCCCCCAGUCCCCGGGAGCUGAGCCAGUGACAGGACCUAAGCUCCUUGUCCCCUACUGCGCUCGCAGACCCACCCUCUGCUUCCAGCAGCCCCUUGGGGACCAGUAGUCUCAAAGCCUGAUGCAUCUCUCCCUCUCUGAGGUGGCAUCCCAGUUUUUCUCCUAGUGAAUCCCUCCUCACCCUUGACCAGCUAGCCACAUGGGCACCAACCCUAGGCAGCUGCCGAGGGCCCUGUGCCUGCAGGGACGCAUGCUUGGCUUGACGCUUUGCUGCUGCUGUCGUGAAAUUCGUAGUAACUGUGGGAUGCAGGGCCCCUGGAUUUUGGAUCACUGUGCCAGCCUGAGACCUGGAGGGAGUGUUGCCCCCAAAACUCCCACAGCACCCUCACUCACGCUGGCAGCCCAGCCAUCCUGGGACUGAGAGCCGAGCCUGUGUCAUCGAUGUCUUAACCAUCUGUGGUUGCUCUGUUUUUGCACAGUGCUAGGUACUUGGCAAAUGUUUGCUAUGUUUCUGCUGGAGGACAGAUUAUAUGGAUAUUACCUUAGCACUGAUGUUGGGCAUGGCUUCUCCUUUCUCUAAGCCUUGGUUCUCGAAAAUAAGAACACUGGGCCACAGGAUCUCUAAGUCUCCGUUUGCCUUGAAAUUGUGUGAUUCUGAAGGUGUCUGAAAGAAAGCAGGCUAUGGAUUCCACAGCGUUCAGGAGUCUCCAGGGACUGGGAUUCCACAGUGUUCGGGGGUCUCUGGGGACUGGGAUUCCACAGUGUUCGGGGGUUUCUGGGGACUGGGAUUCCACAGUGUUCAGGGGUUUCUGGGGACUGAGAUUCCACAGUGUUCGGGGGUCUCUGGGGACUGGGAUUCCACAGUGUUCGGGGGUCUCUGGGGACUGGGAUUCCACAGUGUUCAGGGUUUCUGGGGACUGGGAUUCGACAGUGUUCGGGAGUCUCUGGGGACUGGGAUUCCACAGUGUUCGGGAGUCUCUGGGGACUGGGAUUCCACAGUGUUCGGGGGUCUCUGGGGACUGGGAUUCCACAGUGUUCGGGGGUUUCUGGGGACUCGGAUUUCACAGUGUUCAGGGUUUCUGGGGAGUGGGAUUCCACAGUGUUCGGGGGUUUCUGGGGACUGGGAUUCCACAGUGUUCAGGGGUCUCUGGGGACUGGGAUUCCACAGUGUUCGGGGGUUUCUGGGGAGUGGGAUUCCACAGUGUUCGGGGGUUUCUGGGGACUGAGAUUCCACAGUGUUCAGGGUUUCUGGGGACUGAGAUUCCACAGUGUUCGGGGAUCUCUGGCCUCUUCUGCUGACCUGGGCCUGUUGUUUUAUUUUCUGUGUUUAGAUAUAGGGUCUCGCUAAGCUGCCCAGGCUGGCCUUGAACUCCUAGCCUCAAGCAGUCCUCCUGCCUCAGCCUCCCAAGUGGCUGGGAUUACAAGUGUGAGCCACCGUGCCCGCUUAGGCCUGUUUUGUUGCCCUGUGUCUCUUUCUACACAAUGACAAGAAUUAACUUCCUAUGAGAAAAAAAUGCAUUGCUGCAGCAAAUCACUAUGUUGCACUAUUUAGGUCAUCUUUAAUAUCUCGCCUAUUUUAUUAUUUCAUUGUUUUUCCCUUCAGUGGAGGAUGGGAGCCAGAAACCUUUUUCCUCUCUUUCUUUCCUUCCAUCUGUCUUCAGUCAAGAGCACUGCAUAUUGCAGAAAAUCAAGAGUGAGGAAGAAAAGGUUUGCACUUUAAGCAGCUGUAGUCAUUCCACUGAAACUAGCUGUGACUCAAGGCUGUAAGCAAGAAACCUGUCCAGGCAACGCCCCCCAGAAAUUCAGAAUGAUUCACCCUUUUCCUAAACGUCAGAUCCCUUAGCACUGCAUCGUGUUCCUAACACUAUGAGAUUUAAACAGCAAUUGGACAAACCCAGGGUAAAGGGCCAUUUGCAGUUGGAGAAAAAGAGAUACUUCCCCUCCCCUAAAGCAUCCAGGUGACUGUGACCGGCACCGUGUGGCAGCUCAGCGUCCAUGGCAUGUCUUCCCAUCUGCUCCUGAUGGCCCUGACAGGCAGGUGGGUGCCCCCUGCCACGUUGGGGGUGCUGCACCAAGCACCCGGCUCAGCAUCUCUACUGAUUUGCCCAGUGCUGCUUUGUUAUGGCGCCAGAGCUGGGACGGGGCCAGCCACCCCCACCGGUAUGCUGACUCCUCCACUGGCACAGUCACUCCAGGAACACCGAAGCCUCAGAGCCUCAGGUGCCUUUUUCUUCCAAAUAUGGCUGGCAUCUCCCAACCCGCUCAACCCAAGCCCAGAUCACAUGCAGCUCCCAGGCCGGCACUGUUCUGACAGCAUAUGGCCAUUCGGGACGGAUCCCCCCGCAGCUGCUGCCCUCGCUGUCAGCAAGGCGGACACACACCCAGGGCUCGAAUCUUGUGGGCUCAGGUCCUGUGGGCUGCACCAGCCCCUGGCCACAGUUCCCCCGCACAACGGGAACGACAGGAUGAAUUUCAUGUUUUCAGAGAGCAGAUUUUUGCUUCCUUCUAAAAAUGUAUUUAGUUAUUUUGGUACUAAAAAUGCAAGGAAAGAGCCCUAUAUCUGGAUCCAAACACAUUGCUUCUCUCUGAGUCUUCGAGAUUUACAGCAUAUAAAUUACAAGCAGCCUGAGAAAGGGGAAUUACCCCCAGAUGUCAGCUCAGACAACUGA